AGGACUGGGAUGGAUGGAUGGAUGGAUGGAUGGAUGCAUGGAUGGAUGGAUGGAUGGAUGCAUGGAUGGAUGGAUGCAUGGAUGCAUGGAUAUAGCCAGGUGGAGCAGUUGUAACCCUCUCUCCUGACUCUGUGCCAUGCCUCGUGGUUCCCACACAACUUGUGCACCACCCUGCAGCCCUGAGGGUUGUUUCUGGAACAACAUCACCAUGUUCAGCUACUUAGAAGGUAUCAAGGAAAGAGUUUAAGGAAACAAAAGCAACCUGCAGCUACCCCAUGUCACAGGAUGCCCAUAACAGCUCCCUGCAGCACUGGUACUGCACCAUGGUUGUUCGGGGUUGUAAAUUUUAUUCCAGGAUUACAGGGAUUUGCUUGGUAAAGUGCUGAUAUUCACUACCUUUCUACUCCAAAAUGAGGCUGAUAUCAUCUAAAUCCCCCCUGAGUUAUGCCUACCCAGCCUGUUCUUCCCAGCCUCCAAUGAUGGAGACCCUGAUGCUUGGCCAGGCAAUCUACUUGAGUAAUUAACUGUCUGUUCUGUUAGAAAGUGUUUCCUAAUGUCUAACAUCAAUCUUACUCUUUGUAAUUUAAACCCCAUUACUCCUCACCCUAUUCCCCAAUGGAAUCAGCAAACGAUUCUGCCCUUGUGCCACUGCCCUACACCCCGACUGAGAAAGUCUCAGGCCAGCUUAGGGCAUGGUCUCUGCCCGCAGAGGUGGCUCCCCUGAACAUGGUCACACAAACACAGGGGAAAACAGAAAGGAAAGAUCUUUUGGCACAGUGCACUGACAGAAAUGAGACCCUUAGAAAGCACAUGGGUUUGUGAUGGCUCGCUGUGAGCCCGGAGGGAAUGGGGCAGUAAAGGUGGGUCUGCAGCUCUUGUGCCUCUUGCUCUCUCCUACUGCACCGGCGGUGACUAGUACCCAGGGGUGCUUGGGCAGGCGGGAAGAGCGGCUACAGGCACCAGUGAGACUUGGGGUGACAGAGGAGAGAUUUCACCCAUUGUGAGGGACCCUGUCUGCAUCCCUGCCUGCAGUGCACCCCACCUUGCUGUCCCUACAGCCUGUGGGUCUGCCCCACUGCGUCCGGCUGUGCCACCGAUGUGCGUCACUUUGCGCAACCGGAGCGAUGCAGUCCCCCCGGGGCCGACCCUCGUCACCUCCGGCCCCCCAUACAGACUUUCUCCUUUAAGCCUAGCUAGCUCAGAAAUGACCAAGCUGAUCCCUCCCACCUGCCCGCUCCCCCUGGCCCGGCCCUGACGUCAGGGAAGGCGUGCGGAUGCGUGUGUGUUCGAGGCGCACAUCAUCCACACAUCAGAUAGCGCAGAUCCAUCAGUCGGCAGGCAGCCAGCCGAGAAAGCCCCCCGGAGCCGGGCUGCAGGCGAGACCGCUGCUCCUCGCAAGGUAGCGGAGGAGCGUCCGGCCCCUCCGAGCACCGAUGCUCUGCAGAGCGCAGCUCCAGGGAGCCCGUCGCUGCUAAGGAGCCCCUUUUGCUCCCCAGGUCACCAGCAGUAGGCCCACACGCCUGGGCAUCCUUUCUCCUGCUGCCCACCUGCCCGAUCCCAAAACGGAGGAGCCCACCGACCCCGCCAUGUCAUCGGACCCCAGCGCCCCGCCGGCAGUGCCACCCCUGCACUCCCCCAAGUCACCGGUGUGGCCCACCUUCCCCUUCCAGCGGGAGGGCAGCCGCAUCUGGGAGCGGGGCAACCUCCUGCUACGGGACCUGCCCAGCCCCCUCCCCACCAAGAGGACCAGGACCUACUCGGCGACAGCGCGUGCCUCUGCUGGCCCCAUCUUCAAGGGCGUCUGCAAGCAGUUCUCUCGCUCCCAGGGCCAUGGGUUUAUCACCCCAGAGAAUGGCACUGAGGACAUUUUCGUGCAUGUGUCUGACAUCGAGGGAGAGUAUGUCCCAGUGGAGGGGGAUGAGGUGACGUACAAGGUCUGCCCCAUUCCUCCCAAGAACCAGAAGUUCCAGGCAGUGGAGGUGGUCCUCACCAACCUGGCGCCCCACACGAAGCACGAGACAUGGUCUGGCCAGAUCAUCGGCUCCUAGGCGCCCAGGAGGGCCGCCAGCCACUCAGCCCCAUGGAGCAAGCCUGCCCAGCCGCUAACAAGGGAUGUGGGGGGAGCCGAGGCGGCGGCGGGGCUGGGGCUGCCCCCAAACAUGCAGGCGUUUGCGUUCAGUGUCUUUUAUAAGGUUACGGUUUCCUUUCUCUGUGUGUGUUUGUAAGUGUCUGUCGAGGGGGACAGGGGAAGCAGAGCCCUCCCUGACUGUCCCCCAACUCCAGGGGCAGCACCGAGCCCCAUGUUCCAUUCCUUGCUCCAGAGGCCAUGGGGAAUAGAGGAACCAGUCCUAUACCCCAGCCCUCCAGCUCUACUGGGCUGAAGCAGGUACUGAGAGCAGGAGGGGGUGGGGAGAGGCUGGGUGGCUCAGCUCACCCUCCUGAACUCCACUCUGGCAAUAUGGGCACCCCACUCAGUCCACAGUGGGACAGCAGCAGUGGGACAUGCCCUGGCGCAGGGACAAAACAGGGUGGUGUGGGGUGGCAUAUCACUGUGCGGGGUCUGGGUGGCUGAGACCCAUCCCCAUCGCUGGCAGCUCACAGCACCCACCUGAGCCACAUCCCUCCAUCACAAGAUCUCAGGUCAGCGGUGCCACGGGGAGGUGACUGGUUUACAGAAAGCAAAAAUUUGGUUUUAAGAGGCAGACAGGUGCUGGCAGGUCACCCGGGGCACUUGCUGCUGUGCCUGAGGGGCUGAACCUGGGCAUGGGGCACUUGGCACCUCUGUGCUCCCCACUGCUGCUGGGCAGUAAUGCACUUUUCUUGGCUCAGUGCUGACAGGGUUUUGGGGAGACAGACACUUUCUCCUCCUUCUCUUGCCCCCCGGCCCCCUGGGGACCCCCUUCCCACGUGUGCGUGUGUGUGUGUGCGUGUGUGCAUGUCUGUAGCUUGCUGGGGCGGUGAGGGGCUGAGGGGUCUGAGCAGCCUCAGCCAUGGGGCGAGCACAGCCACCUCCUCCCCAGCCCCUCGGUGUAGGCAGGGUCUUGUAUACAAAGCACAAACUUUGGUUUUGGUCUUUUCUGCCAUACCCUGGCCAGGUGGGCUCCCACAGCCCUAGGGAGUGACAGGGCAGAGGGCACUGGGACAGGGACAACAUGCACUGGGCUGCUCUCGAGCUUAGCCCAGGGAAACAGUGCUCAUGCUCCAGGAAUUACCAGCAUCUUAAGGGGUUCAAAGCAGGGUUGGGGACAGUGGGGUGCCACCAGGUCCCCCUGAGCAGGGCAGGAGGGGAUAGGCAGCUCCUGGAACACCAUGCCAGCAGGAGCUGCUGACACUGCUGGUGCUCAGCAUAGAUGGAGAGGGGUGUUUGGCACUUUUUUUGCUGCCUCUGUUGGCGACAGGGCUAAGUGGGGAAAGGAGCAGAGCAAGGCUGGUGCCACACAGGACAGCUGGGCCCUGUGGAUUUGAAAGGACCAUCCAUGCUGGUGUGGGGAUUACCCCAGGACCCUCCAGCCCACCUCACUGCCAACCCAAAGCCUGGCUCUCCCAGAGGCUGUGGCAACUCUGGCUCAGGCUCCAGGCAUCCCCAGGACAUGCAGUCAGCUUGGCCAAGGCAAACUGCUGGAUUUUUUUUUUUUUUUUUUUUUUUUUGAAAUAAACUAAAACCCUAGACUUGUUGGUGUUUUUACAAACUCUGGUGUGGUUCCCGCCUGUCUGACCAUGUGUCAACCUUUGUAACAUUGGCAAUAAACCAUUAAAAGUGACUUUCCCAUGA